ACCCCCUCAGGGCUCGGUCGAAUGCUGAGAUACGGAGCCGUGGUUCUCAUUGUCGGCGCCGUGUUGAUGCUCUGCGCCUCCAUGGCCGCCCUGCUCCUGAGGAAAGAAAGCGAGCGGAACGUGUACAGCGCUCAUUACAGCAUGAACAUCAACGGGGAGGUGAGGGAAGGCUCCGUGGAAAUCGAUUCCGACGACAACGUGGAGAGGUUCAAAACCGGCAGCGGAGACGAGGAGGCCGUGGAGAUCCGUGACUUUCAGAGUGGAAUAACUGCGAUCCGAUUCUUCGGGGGAGACAAGUGUUAUAUAAAAUCCCAACUCAAAGGCAACCUUCCGCACAUGGGAGCCGACAACAAAGAGGCACUGAUGUCUGACCUGGCUGAUGAAGACAUGCCAGUGAGGUUUGAUGCCGAGUUCCUCAUCUGGGUUUCUUCAGAGCAGCCGCUGAAGGACACGGCUUUCUUGAACCACAAGAUUCUGGCGCUUUGCGGGGAGCUUCCUAUUUACUGGCUCCAACCUCUCAUUCCCAAAGAUGGGGAGAGGAGGAAGCGGCGGAGUAGGAGGGACGCUCGGCGGGCCAAGCGGCAGUCCCAGGUGGAGGUGUUGGAGGUGGCGGGAAAGGAAGAUGUCUCCAGGUUAGAGGAAGGGGCAGAGGAGGGGCCUCAGUCCGACGUGGGCUCGGGAUUCAACCCUGAGAAUCCCUAUCAUCGCGGCGGAGGCGCCGGUGAGGAGAACGCCAUGACCUUUGACUCCAUGCUGGACCACCAGGGGAUCUGCUGCUCCGAAUGCCAGCGCAGCUACACACACUGUCAGAGAAUAUGCGAGCCUCUGCGCGGUCAUUGGCCCUGGCCGUACAACUACAGAGGAUGCCAGGUGGCUUGCAGAGUCAUCAUGCCCUGUCGCUGGUGGGUCGCACGCAUUUUAGGUAUCGUGUAGGAGUGCACGCAACACUUUUGUGUUUUUUUUUGUCUACAGAAGACCCUAAACUUUUAGCUUGUGUGCAGCUAGACUUUCCUUAUGGAGUUGACUUACUAAACUAGCAUGACAUGGAGAAGUAAGAAAAACUGGCUUCGUAGUUGUGUGAAUGCUGAGAGACAAAAAAUUGUACUUACAAAACUUAUUGUGGCGCCCCCUGUGGGCUGAGCUUAAAAGUGCUUUGAAAAACGUCCUAUCAUUAAUUCAAUACAGAUUUUCAACCCAUGUGGCUUCAACUUUACGCACAUGUGUUUAUCGGUCCCCAAAAGGUACAUGUACCAAAUUUUGCGAUGACUUGGCUAACACCCUAAAGUUAUAGUAUUUGCUUUGUAGAGCGCAGGGAAAUGUGUGAGGCACCUUUUUAUAAAUGUUGCCCUGAAAACUGUAAGGAGUUAAGCAAAGUUAAGUUGUAUUGCUACGUCGCUUGCUUAGAAUGGCCUUCCCAAAGUCCUGACUUAAACGUGUGGACAAUGCUGAAGAAACAAGUCCAUGCCAGAAAACCAACAAAUUUAGCUGAACUGCAACAAUUUUGUCAAGAGGAGUGGUCAAAAAUUCAACCAGAAGCUUGUGGAUGGCUACCAAAAGCGCCUUAUUGCAGUGAAACUUGCCAAGGGACCAAAUAUUAACAUUGCUGUAUGAACACUUUUGACCCAUCAGAUUUGGUCACUUUAUCAGUAGAACCAUAAUAAAUUCAUAAAAGAACCAAACUUCAUUAAUGUUUUUUGUGACCAACAAGUAUGUGCUCCAAUCACUCUAUCAUAAAAUGUGGCUUCAACUUUAUGCACAUGUGUUUGGCGGUCCCCUAAAGGUAUACAGUAUGUACCAAAUUUUGCGAUGACUUGGCUAACACCCUAAAGUUAUAGUAUUUGCUUUGUAGAGUGCAGUGAAAUGUGUGAGGCACCUUUUUAUAAAUGUUGCCCUGAAAACCAUAAGGGGACCGUAAGUUUGCAAAGUUAAGUUGUAUUGUCAUGUUGUGUGCUUCAAAUGGCCUUUCCAAAGUCCUGACUUAAACGUGUGGACAAUGCUGAAGAAACAAGUCAAUGUCAGAAAACCAACACAUUUAGCUGAACUGCACCAAUUUUGUCAAGAGGAGUGGUCAAAAAUUCAACCAAAAGCUUGUGGAUGGCUACCAAAAGCGCCUUAUUGCAGUGAAACUUGCCAAGGGACAUGUAACCAAAUAUUAACAUUGCUGUAUGUAUACUUUUGACCCAUCAGAUUUGGUCACUUUUUCAGUAGAACCAUAAUAAAUUCGUAAAAGAACCAAACUUCAUGAAUGUUUUUUGUGACCAACAAGUAUGUGCUCCAAUCACUCUAUCACAAAAUGUGGCUUAAAACUUUACGCACAUGUGUUUGGCGGUCCCCUAAAGGUAUAUGUACCAAAUUGUGCCAUUACUUAGCUAACACUCUAAAGUUAUAGUACUGUAUUUUUCAGAGUAUAAGUCGCUCCGGUGUAUAAGUCGCACCAGCCGAAAAUGCAUAAUAAAGAAGGAACAAAACAUAUAGUCGCACUGGAGUAUAAGUGGCAUUUUUGGGGGGAAAUUUAUUUGAUAAAACCCAACACCAAGAAUAGACAUUUGAAAGGCAAUUUAAAAUAAAGAAUAGUGAACAACAGGCUGAAUAAGUGUACGUUAUAUGAUGCAUAAAUAACCAACUGAGAACGUGCCUGGUAUGUAAACGUAACAUAUUAUGGUAAGAGUCAUUCAAAUAACUAUAACAUAUAGAACAUGCUAUACGUUUACCAAACAAUCUGUCACUCCUGAUCGCUAAAUCCCAUGAAAUCUUAUACGUCUAGUCUCUUACGUGAAUGAGCUAAAUAAUAUUAUUUGAUAUUUUCCGGUAAUGUGUUAAUAAUUUCACACAUAAGUCGCUCCCGAGUAUAAGUUGCACCCCCGGCCAAACUAUGAAAAAAACUGCGACUUAUAGUCGGAAAAAUACGGUAUUUACUUUGUAGAGCGCAGUGAAAUGUGUGAGGUACCUUUUUUAUAAAUGUUUCCCUGAAAACUGUAAGGGAACCGUAAGUUUGCAGAGGUGGGCAUUUUGGCACUUCAAUUGCUAUUUAAUUUAAGCUGUAUCGCUACGUUGCUUGGGCAUUAUUUUUAAAACGUAACCAAAACACAAACAAACAAGCAAAAAAAUUGGAAAAAAAGAAUGCCGUUUCAACACUAUUUCUUUGGGGAAAAAUGUUUCGCUGCUGUAUAAACUUAAAUAGUAUGGUCGUAUAAAUACACUUGUAAAUCUGUCAGGGUUACGGCAUUCGGAGUAAUGCUAUAUCAGUCAAACAAUCAAUUAAUCAAUUCCUUUAUUGUCA